UCAAAGCGGUGAACCACCACCCGUCUGUGUCCCAAUCCCACGCGAGGAAGUUGCUUACUUGCUUGGACCUGGCAUAUUUUGUAUGUACAACUUACCUUUAUCUUAUUGUGGGAAAUAAACAAAGUCCUUGUGAAAUCAUUGGGAAUCUUGUGGGUUUCAACUUCAGCUCUUAUUAAAGUAGUUGAAUAUGUCACAGUCCAGGUUUUUACAUGUUCUUUUCAGCUUCCUUGUGAACUAAGCACUUGCUGUUCUUUUAAUCUUUACUCAACAUGGUCUUCAAUAAGUCAAUGGAGAAGCAUGUGCUAUAAUUAGAAGUUGCCACUUUCUGAAGAAUCUUCGGUUCCCAUGUUCUUCUUAGCACUGUUCUAGUCUAAAAUUGGUGUUAAUAUUGCAUUUUGCUUGGUGGGUUUUUUUUUUUGGUGAAUUUUUGGUACCCAGAUCAGUAGAAGCUUGCAUUUUCUUGGUGGGAAUUGAGAUUUGAGUUCCCAAGUGCUUGUAAUGAUCAAUUACUGCCGAAGAUUUUCUGGACAAAUCUGGGGUAUUGAGAUUUUCAAAGAAGGAUGGUUUUGCAAGCAGUUCAUUCAUGGAAUUUGGGUGGUCUUAUAGGAGCAUUUGUUGACCUUGCUCUGGCUUAUAUCCUGCUGUGUGUAUCGGGAUUUGCGUUUUUCGCCUCGAAAUUCUUGAGCUUUUUUGGACUGCAUCUGCCAUGUCCUUGUAGUGGGGUUUUUGGCUAUAAAAAUAGCAAUUUGUGCUUGCACAGUUUGCUCGUUGAUUGGCCAACAGAAAUGAUCUAUUCUGUUCAGAAUUCGGCGAUGAGUAAGUUCCCUUUUGAUUUGAUUUGGUUUAAGGAUCGAGCAUGCAAUUCAGAUAAGAAGUCAGUUAGAGACGGAAAUUGUGAAAAUGGGGUUCUUGAACUGGAGAAUGAAGCGUCUUGCAGUUUGUUUCCCAGUCCAAGAUUGCAAAACUUGGCUGAUAGGGAAAGUGGGUAUGAUUCAAGGGGGAAGAGGGUUAUGAACGUGAAGCAAAGGUCUGGAAUUCAGCGCCGAAGGAGAGCUACUCUUGACAACAGAAAGUUCUCUUCUGUUUUGCCCAGUGAUUAUUCUUCAAGGUCGGUUGUUGCUGGAAACUCUAUUUAUGAUGGCAGUGAAAUGAGAGGCAAAACCAGUGAAAGCUUUCCUGCAAGUGGGAGAGAAGAUGGUUUCCUGGGUGAAAUAAAUGAACCAAUUGGCAUUGAUGUGGGGGAAAGAAGCCAGCAUAGUUUUGAAUUGAGUGGAUCAAUUGGUGAGGGUCAAGGCAUAUCAUCUUCUGUUGAAACAUAUACAAUUAAUGCUGCAAUGGGAUUUGUUGGAAAUGAAGCCAAUGCUAGCAGAAUGCUGGAACUAGCUCUUGAAGAAGAAAAAGCUGCUCAUGCUGCCAUUUACCUAGAACUGGAGAAAGAGAGAGCAGCUGCUGCAAGUGCUGCAGAUGAAACUAUAGCCAUGAUAUUACGCCUGCAACAGGAUAAAGCAUCAGUAGAGAUGGAAGCAAGGCAGUAUCAAAGGAUGAUAGAAGAAAAAUUUGCUUAUGAUGAAGAAGAGAUGAAUAUUUUGAAAGAGAUCCUUGUCAGGAGGGAGAAGGAGAAUCAUUUUCUGGAGAAGGAAAUUGAAGAAUACAGGCAGAUGAGGCUUUUAGAACAUGAGCUACCAAAAGGCGACUUAAAUGAUAAACUUAAUAGUUGGGGACAAUGGCCUUCAUCUUCCCAAGAUUUGGAUGAUGAGGAACAAUUGAGAUUGCAAAUUGAGAAUAAUAUGUCAACUGGUAAGAAAGUGAGAAUUUUUUCAAAUUCGCCUUCAAAUUAUGAGGCUCCUAUAGUUGAGAAACAAUGUCAAAAUCAUGGAUAUGGCUUUCUUGAGAGAAAUGUUAAUUUAGCGGGGAAAGAAAUGGAUAAUAGCAUAGUAUGCCAACGAAUAACAAGUGAGCCAGCCCAAAUUUGUUGUGGCAUUGAGAUGAAAUUUUCUUGUGACAGUGAAAAGCUGGAGAAAGAUGAGGAAAAUAUGGAUCAAGCAAGCAGCAAUCACCAUGGUUCCAUGCUUGAUACAGAACCAGCUGUAUAUGAUGUCCAUGUCAUUGAUGAUAAAAAUGGAACUUGGAAAGAACAGAGUGGAAAAGAAAGUGGAUCAUCGAUUAGCAAUGCUGUUGAUGAACCCAGAGAUUGUGCUGUCACUCUGGGAACAUUGGGAGUCUGGAGCAGUGAGCCACCGAGUGAUCAUCCAAUCAUAAGCAUGGCAGACCCUGAGCCUAACAUUCAUGAAGGUAGUUUGGAUAGGGCUGGUGAGCUCCCAGUGUUGAGUCACUCACAAUGCAAAAGCUUGCUUUCUGAAUUUGAGAGAGAGUCCCUAUCUGCAGUCAAUAAUGAAAAGUUGAAAAUUGACAUUGAGAUUGAAUGGCUCAGAGAAAGGCUACGGAUAGUCCAAGAGGAAAAAGAGAAUCUGACUCUCAAUACAGAGAAUGGAGACAGGGAAAAGGAUCCAUUGAAACUUCUGGAGGAGAUAUCAAACCAGCUUCAAGAGAUUCAAUGAUUAAGAGAUCCUGUGCAGCAGUUUUCCUUGCCCCCUUCAUCUUCUAAGGUGAUUUUGAAGAAAAGACGCUCCAGAAGUGUGUCAUAUGAAACCCAUGAAAGCGCCUAAACCAUGUACAAUAACACCCAAUUGUGUAAAGAAUCAGGCUUCUACUUAAGGUCAGUUUUUUUGUUUUUUUUGGGCACUUCAGGUUAGCUGUAUCCUUGGAAAUCUGUAGGUGAUCUGCGGAGUCUGCUGGAGUCAGCUUCUGAAUUCGAUGAUGUUUUGUGUGUUGUAGAGUGUAAAUAACCUGGUAUGUUGUUCUGUUUCUAAGUAUAAUUAAAAUAGCUUUGAAGCUGUAAUUUUUAA